AUGGGAAAGAAAAAUCACGCAAAGAAGUCGGAGUUACCCAAGAAGGGUAAAAAAGGAAAGAAGAAUGACAAAUCAGAUGAGAAAGAGAGUAAACCUAAAAGUGAGAGGGAGAUUAAGCAGGAGGCUAGACAGAAAGCCAGGGAAAAACGUCAAAAAGGUCGUACAAUGGUGGCUCAGUCGCAGAGCUGGACAGGAAAAUUGCCAGGUGCAUUAUUACAAGAGCACUGUCAAAAGAAAAGAUGGAAUAAAGUCAAUUACGAUAUGAGAAGAGUAAAAGAUGGCUUUGUGGCGACAGCAGAACUUUCAUGGAAGAAUCCCAAGACACAAGAGGUGGUGCACAUCAAAAUGCAUCCGCCAGCAUUUCUUGUCAAGGCUCAGGAGACACCUUUAGAAGCUAGGCACUAUGCAGCAACAUACGCACUUCAUAGAGUGGCGUUUGAUAAGAAUAUCCAUAUGGUCUUGCCAUCAAAUCACAAGGCACUGUGGCAUGAUUUGGAAGAUGCACGAAAGGAGAUGGUGAAACGAAAUCCAGAAAGGGCGAAAUUAGAAUAUAACUCCGACCCUUUUACUGCAAUACUUGAAAGGAGGAAGGAGGAAAAUCAAAAGCAGAAAGAGAGAGAAGCACGUGAGGCAGAACUGAAAAAGCAGAAAGGACCCACAAUAGUGAUUGGUAAUGGUCCAAAUAAAUUCAAGCAGGAAUCGUCCGAUGGAAAUAGUGAAAGAAAUAACAUGCAUGGUCAUAAGAGAGAGGGUGAUAUGAGGCGGAAGUUCUUCCAUGAUUUGAAUGCAGAAUCACCAUUAGCUCAAGUUCGUUUUCCACGAAAGGCCUGGGAUAAUGCUGUUAUGAUGGAUUUAGAUCCCAGUACCAGAGUUUUAAUUGAUACACUUUUCAGGGAAAAUCCACAGUGGUUAGAAAAUGGUGAGGAGAAGGAAGAAAUUCAGAAGCAGCAAAGUGCCGAGCAAGAUGAGAAGCAAGAGGAGAUCAAGAGUCUUUUAAAACAUGUUGGUUUCAGGAUAAUACAUAUCGAAGAAGCCCUUCAAUACACGUCCAAUUUUACCGAUACUCUAGAAUGGCUUAUCUAUCAUGUUCCCGAGGACGAUUUACCUUCAGUGUUCCUAAAGAAUGACAAGGAUUCACACGUUAGAUUAAAGAUCACAGUUGAUAUUCACAAGGAGCGUCAAAUAGAGACGUUAUGCCAAGGAAGCUGUAGUAAGAAUGAGGCUUCUACAGCUUUAGACACAAAUGAUGGCAAUAUAGCUAGUGCAGCUGUUGCAUUGACAAACAGGUUGAUAGAAUAUGAACCUGUAGGAAAAGAAGAGGAUCCAGCGAAAACUUGGGAUGAAGAGAGGGAAAGUUUGAGUGCAAUCUAUGAAAAUCGUGUUGUAGAAAAUGAUCUACCUCGAUCUUAUGAAAUUUUGUUGGAGCCGGAGGGUAUUGUUCAAAAUCACGGCAAGCAUCUUUUAGCAUUGAGAGCAUUUAGGUCCUCGAACUACCCAUGCGAUAUAUGUGGGUUACAAAUCAUUGUUAAGAAUCAAUCAUAUCGGCUUCCAAAGUACAUUAAUAUGUCGAUCCUUACACAACUAUUGAAAUAUUUGGUUAGUGAUAACCUCAUUGGAAAUCCGUACAUAUAUUCCUGCAUUGACUGGUUGGAGUCAAACAUUUCCAAUAUUUUGGAGAAUCCUGGUCCACUUCAACGGUUAUCACUUCUUGACAAAGAUAAAACAAUAAAAUUCGACUCAAUGUCAAGAUCAUCAUCCACAUCAACUUUUCAAGGAGAUACGUCAAGAAGACACCGGUCUCAUAACGCAGGUUCCAGAUCUAAAGAUCUGCUUCAGACCAUGAAAGAUCAGUACAAUUCUAGAGGAAAGCACGCAGAAUUACAUGAUAUGAUCAAAAAGAGAAAGAAUUUACCUGCAUGGCGGAAGAUGAAGGAUUUAGUAAAGGUGAUUCAAUCGAAUAGAGCGUGCAUUAUUACCGGUGAAACUGGUUCGGGUAAGUCCACGCAGAUUGUUCAGUUUGUAUUAGACUCUUUAUGCGCUAACGAUGACUUUGAAACAAACAUUAUAUGCACGCAGCCAAGACGUAUCUCGGCCAUUGGUUUGGCUGACAGAGUUUCUCAAGAGAGAGCAUCAAAGUGUGGCGAAGAGGUUGGAUAUAUAAUUCGAGGAGAAAAUAGGACGUCCAAGAGUACAAGGAUAACGUUUGUCACUACGGGUGUUCUUCUUCGUAUGAUUCAAUCUUUAUACUCGAAUGAACAGAAUGGUUCGAAGAACUUUUUCAAGCACCUCAAAUAUAUUUUUGUUGAUGAGGUUCAUGAGAGGUCGAUUGACAGCGAUUUCUUGCUAAUAAUUUUGAAACAGAUGAUUAGGAAGUUUCCAGACUUGCAUGUUGUGCUUAUGUCAGCUACCAUCGACUUGAGUACAUUCAAGUCCUUCUUCGAUUAUACAAAUAAGCCACCAGCCCAUGUCCAUAUCGAAGGAAGAACAUUCCCAAUUCAGGACUUCUAUCUUGAUUCUAUUCUUUCUGAUUUACAGUUUACAAUCACCACACCAAGGGACGAAGUAAUUAAGCCUAAAGCGGAUUCCAGAUAUUUCAAUGAUGGAAACAUCAACUUUGAUCUGAUUGCAGAAUUGGUUCAACUUAUUGACAAAAAGCUAUCGGAAUCGAAUAGUGAUGGCUCCAUACUUAUAUUUCUUCCCGGUGUUAUGGAAAUUUCUCGCUGUUUAAGUAAAAUAUCGGAUCUUCCAGGAGGUGGAUCGAGGUUUUGGGGAUUACCAUUACAUUCUGGUGUGAGCUCCAAUGAUCAGAGGAAAGUUUUCAACUCUCCACCAAGAGGCAAGAGAAAAAUCGUGGCUUCGACUAAUGUUGCUGAAACGUCUGUCACAAUUCCAGAUGCUGUUGCAGUUAUCGAUACUGGCCGUGUCAAAACGAUUAGGUAUGAUGUCAAAGCCGAUACAACUCGUUUGGUUGAAGGCUGGUCAUCAAGGGCUGAAAUUUCUCAGCGUCGGGGUCGUGCUGGUAGAUUAAGAGAAGGAUUGUGCUACCACUUAUAUACAAAAGAGACAAUUGAAGAACGAAUGCUACCACAACCAAUACCAGAGAUCAAAAGAACACCAUUGGGUUCUGUUUGUCUUGUUGUUAAGGCAAUGGGUAUAUCUAACGUUUACAGGUUCUUGCAGGAAGGUUUAGAUCCACCAAGUAAGCUUAAUGUCGAUAGUGCACUUCAGAUGUUGACCGAGAUCGGUGCACUUCACAAUAACCAUCUGACUGCAUUGGGUAAAUAUGUUUCUCUACUUCCAACAGACAUGAAAUCCGGAAAAUUGCUUCUAUACAGCACUCUUUUCGGUUGUCUAGAGAGCGGUCUUACAUUGGCAUCUAUUUCUGUUACAGGUAACCCAUUCUUCCGUAGUAGAGAAAUGAGGGAUAAGGUUAAACGCGUCCAAACAAAAUUCAGUGAUGGACAAGGUGAUAUGAUUGCAAUCCUAAAUGCGUAUGAACAGUAUUCUGAGUUGAGAAACUCUUCAGAGAAGAGGCGAUUCCUCGAUGAAAACUGUCUAUCGUGGAAAACAAUGAAAGAUAUUCAGUCAACAAGAGUGCAGUAUGUAUCAGAGCUACAGGAUCUGGGCUUUAUUCCGAUGGGUUACUCGAGGCAUAGAGAUAAGUAUCCAGCUUUCAACAGACAUUCAAAGGAUUAUCCCAUUCUUUGUGCGAUAGUCACGGCAUCACUUUUCCCACAUGUUGCCAGAGUGCAGCCUCCGGAUCCAAAAUUCCUUUCUUCGGGUGUAGGAACAAUUGCCGUGGAUCCAGAUUCUAGAAAGAUUAAGUAUUGGAUUCGGAAUGAGGAAUACAUCAAGGAAGGCAUUGAGGGUAGAAAUCCACGUGAUAAGGAUCUUCUCCCUGCCACCAGAGCAUUUUUACAUCCAUCCUCUACAUUCUUUUCAUUCACAGGAAAUUUAGAGGGAGAGAUUUCUGCUUCCGAUAUCAAGAUGGAUGCAGAUGGAAAUUACAUAUAUUCUCCAUCUGCUGGAGGAUCCAAGAGCUCCUCUAAGCGUUUAUCAUCAUCUUUCAUAUCUUACACUUCCUCUCAGAUGACAACAAAGCUUUAUCUACAUGAUGUAACACCUACUUCUAUCAUAGCUUUACUUCUAUUUGGCGGCCAAAUAUCCUAUGAUCUUUCUUCUGUUAACACUGGGAGACCAUCUCCAGGAAUUGUCAUGGAUGGAUGGCUUCCAAUUAGGACAUGGUGUAAAAAUGCUGUUAUGAUGACGAAGUUGAGAGUUCUUCUUGAUAAAUUCUUAGACGGUCGUCUCGCUACUCCUCUAUAUACAGAAGGUGGAGAAGAAAAUAAAAAUGAUGCAUACAACGGCAUUUUAGAAACAUUGGAGAAAAUACUUUCUAUAGAGCAAAGGUAA